AUGGCUUUGGUUUUUCACUACUUUCUGCUAGUUCUGGUCUUUCAGGAUACACAUGCAGUUCAGCCUUUCUGUCUGCAAGGAUGCACCUGCUCAGAGGAGAGUUUUGGCAGGACUCUGCAAUGCAUGUCUAUCUCUUUGGGAAAUAUUCCAGAGAACCUUCCUCAAGAGCUCAAGCAAGUAAGAAUUGAAAACUCACCCAUAUUUGAACUUUCCCGAGGGCCUUUCGUCAACAUGAGCACCUUGGAAUACCUUUGGCUCAACUUUAACAAUAUCACUGUGAUCCACUUAGGAGCCCUGGAGCAUCUGCCAGAACUGAGAGAGUUGAGACUGCAGGGGAACAAACUCCGUUCAGUACCAUGGACAGCGUUCCGUGCCACCCCUUUCCUGAGGGUCUUGGAUCUCAAAGGCAACAGGAUUGAUAUACUCCCUGAGCUGGCUCUUCAGUUUCUAGCCAACCUGACCUACCUUGACCUAUCCUCCAAUAGGCUUACAGUCGUAUCCAAAAAUGUCUUCUUGAACUGGCCGUCCUACCAGAAAUGCCAGCAACUUCACUGUCGGGCUAAGAUUCUCUCCAGCAUGGUGCUGGCACUGGACAACAACCCCUGGGUAUGUGACUGUCGUCUAAGAGGACUUGUCCAGUUUGUCAAGUCCAAUAGCCUUCCAGUCAUCCUGGUGAAUUCCUACUUGAUAUGCCAGGACCCUGUCUACAAGGCAGGGCAGCUACUUCAUGAGAUUAAGCUCAGUGUUUGCAUGAAGCCACAGAUCUCAACCCCUAGUGCCAAUAUUACUAUUCAGGUAGGACAGAAUGUGACUCUGCAAUGCUUGGCACAGGCCAGCCCCUCACCAACCAUCUCAUGGAAUUAUCCCCUGAGCAUUUGGAGAAAAUUUAAUGUGUUGACUUCUUCGACUGCAGAAGAUGCUGUUCUGUCCCAGUUGAUCAUCCCUGCUGUUCACCUGGUAGACAGUGGCAAUUACACCUGUGUAGCCUCCAAUUUCAUUGGCAGGAGCACGCUGGUCAUCUCCCUCCAUGUCCAGCCUGCCCAGGUCCUGCCUGCAUCCUAUUCUCUUUCUAUCUCCCGGGAGGGUAAUUCCUACAUUGACUUGCGGGUGGUGAAGCAGACCGUGCACGGGAUCUUGCUGGAGUGGUUUGCAGUAGCCAACAUCUCUGAGGAGUGGUUUACCCUCUAUAUUACUUCGGAUGAAGCCCUCAGAAAAGAAGUGGUCCACAUUGGCCCUGGAAUCAACACAUAUGCUGUAAAUAACCUCCUCCCUGGCACAAAAUAUGAGGCAUGCCUCAGUAUGGGGAGCCGGCCCCCACACGAGGGCAGAUGUGUCGUCUUUGUGACAGGCAGAGAUGGUGGCAGGCUGGAGGACCGCGAGCGCCUCCUACAUAUCUCGGUGGUCCUGUGUGUUUUGCUGCUGGCAGUGCCUGUAGGGGCUUAUGUCUGGACAGCCGAGGGCCCCUGCAGCUGCAGGGAGUGGGGCCCGCACUGCUGUCCUCGCCACAGGCAUGCUCUCAGGCCUCCCCCUGCAGUUCCACAGUGCAAAGACAGAUCCUUUAGAGACCAUCUAGCUGUCUGUGAGGAUGGCGAUGGCCACAGACACAUGAAAGGGAAUGAGGAGAAAGAAGAUGACAGUGGCUAA